GGAUCAGGUAGGCUUUAUUUGCAUGUUACGUGCUAUCUAGCACACUGUUUCUUCUGGUACCCUUGGAUUUACCUUGAAUUUAUCUGUGUUCACUUAAUCUCCCUAGAUCCAAGUAGCUUUCACUUCAACUAAGAAACAGCGAACUGCUUUUAGUCGUGUUUUGAAAAAAUGAUGUUAACAGAAUUAAGGGAUUCCCACAAAAAAAAAAAAACCUUCAGAGUUUUGUAGUUGGCUUUGAAUAUAAUCUCUACAAUUAAUGUUCAAAACAUAUUUGAAAGGUCAGUCUGUGCAUCAAAACAUCUAAAGUGGUGAAAUACUGCUACACGUGGGUAAAAGCUGUGGGAAAGGUGAGAUGAAAGGCAAUUUUCUGUGCGAUAAGUAAUCAAGAAAGAUUACAUGUGCUGUUCAUACCGUUCCAAAAAAGCUGAAAAUAUUGCACGGGCUGUUGUGAAAGGUGACCUGACAGCAGAGUUGCAAUGGGUGAUGAUGGCAAAUAGGUAGCAUCCACUCAGCAGACAAAUGCUGCUGUCCCUGGGCAAAGAACAGGUGGUGUAAGAUCUGGAAGGGAUAUGAGUUUUCUGCUUCAAGUGUGGGUGCUGUUAGAAGAUUGUUCUGGUGUAUUCAAGGAACUGUGAUUUCUCCUGUGAUUGAUUUUGUCACCCAGGGUGUUCAAUGUGAAGUUUCUUGCAUUGCCUUCAUUGUUUCUACAAAUGUAUUUAGGCAAAACUGUUCAUAUAGGUUGAAAGGGAAGAACUGCUCAUUUGUAAUAGGCUAGGAUAAUGAGAUAAAAUUUUUGAACGAAGGAUCAAGCUCUAAUUAUAUUUGCAGUGUGAAUUCCUAGAAAUUGAAUCUGAAUCUUUACUAUCAAAUUCUACUGCUUUAGAAUCAUAGAAUGGCUUGAGUUGAGUUUAAAACUCUUUGAAAAGUUUUCUGCUCUAUCAAGAAUAUGUUUUUAUCCUUAUCUCUUAUGGAGAGCUUUGUUGACUGUUCUUUUUUUUUUUUUUGGUUUCUGACUGAUUGCUUUCUUUUACAGUUUAGCAGCCUUCUCUUUAAAGAAAUGUAACAGCGUUUGGUUGUUAGACCUUCAGCCAGACUUGGCAGUAGAUUUACCUCUGUAUGUUUCUUGUUAUCUUUAGAAUAAUUUCUCUUUUCAUGUGAAAUUUUUAUAAACAGUUAUACGGAUUUGCACUGUAAGGGUCUCUUAGGUGUAUGGUGUUUUAUUUUCACUGAAUUCCUCACAUUAGAAAGCACUGUGAGCAUUUACCCUGGGAACUUCUGAAUUGAUACUUCCAGUUCUAAACACUGUUGGCAUGUUUUAGUUACUGCACUGCAGUCUCCAGAUCUGAUUCAAUUCGACUUUGAGCGAAUUUAUAUAGUUAUUUUAAUAGUAAUAGUUUCCUAUUCAGAUAAUGUUAUUGAGCAAAUGUAGCAGCUGAGCAAACGUAAACGCCAGAUGGCAGUAUUUGAUUAGUUUCUGACCUCUGCCUGUCAAAUCCAUCCCAUGUUUUUUGACUUAUUUUAUUAAAACUCUUUUUGAGAACUACCGAGAUCUUUUCCCUGAGAAGUCCUUAAUUUAAACAAAUAAAUAAGCCGUGAAAGAAUAAGAACCUCCAACUGGGAGCUGAAAGCAAACUACUCUGAAAGCGUUCUUUGUCCUCUGCAAUCUCAGAGAGACCAAAAUAAGUCACGGCUACUGGGUUAACUUCAUGGUUUGUUUUGCAGAGAUAUGUGCCUCCUCAGUACUUCUUUUACCUCCGCGUAUCUUUUGUGCUAGUUCUUGGUAGCUUCCUGAAGAGAUCACCUAUGAAGGUAUUUACCAGUUUGGGACUUGCUUUAUAUGGUAAUCAGACUGUAAACCAUGUGGUUUCAGUUAAUUUAAUUCCUAUUCAUUCUGGUGCAAUAAAUAUUCUCUGAAAUGUCUUUGUAUCCGUUCUUUUAUUGUCUGUUUUUCAAGUUUUGUGUAUAUACAUAGAUAGUGAUCUGUAUUUAGAAACCAGCUUCAUUUACAUUCGUUAAGAGGUUUCUUUAAAUAUUGAAGUCCACGUUUGUUUCUGAAUUCAAGAUGCUGUCUAUCAGUGAUCACGCUUUAAACCUCUUCAGGAUAAUUGACAAGCAGCACUAAAUUCAUUACAGGAGAUGUAUUGAUUUCUUUUUGACUUGUUACGUUUUGCGGGCUGUUUUUUAAAGUUGGUGUUCCAUGUAGAAACUGUAGAGGCAGCAAACUGAUUUAUCAGUUGCUUGGGAUAGAAGAGACUUAGCUUUAUCUCUUCAGCAACCUCUGGGCUUGGUGUGUAGUCAAAAGUCUGCAGUCAAGGAGCUCUCGUUCAUCUGGGAUCUCAGUUUGUCGCAUUAGGACCAGCUAUACUUAAAUAUAAAGGGCUGUAAGGCCCUCAUUUCCCACUGACCUUUGGUUCACGAAAUAUACUGUCAUGAAACUGCUGAAACUUCUGGUCAGAUGAGACUUCUCCAGUGGCAACCAAUGUGUUACAGGUUCUUGUGAAAACAAUGGCAGGUCCAUUACAUUGUAAUCUUAACGCUCUUGAAAUUUCCAGUUAGGAAAAGUUAUGUCAGCUGCUCUGCAGUCUUCUGAAAGCUGACACUGGGUUUCCUUACAAAAAGAAUGUUCAAGUGUUAAGGAGAACCUGAGGGAAGAUUUUUGGCAGUUGAGCAUUUCUUUCUUCAGAUGCAGCACUACCUUACCCAUCUGAAGCAUACAAACUGCACGUUCUGUUUGCCUCAGAGCUUCAAAUACAUUCAUAAAACAUCAUUAGCCUAGUGCAAAAGAUUAACACAAAACACUGUCAAUAUGUUCUUGGAAUUCUCAAUUUUGAUAUUCUGCUGUGGAUCUUAAAUUCGAUUUCUAAGCCAGCUUUCUUUUUCUGAAUCUGGACAAGUUAGCAGAGGUGGUGUUUUGCUCAGGAAGUUAGUGGCAGUGUGGAUCACACGCGUAAGGACAGCCUUACUCAGAGACGAGUCCUAUGGGCCUUGUUGCUCUUCCUCGAUGCUGACACGAUCAGAAGGCAUGCCAGUGGCUAGUGAGCUUCUUAUACAGCUUUGUAUGAUUUCUCUUCUGUAUCUAUACUUUGUAGUUGCUAAGGCUGCUCGAUGGUGGUUGGAGCUUAGCUCACAGGUGGUCACUGUGUUUAUUCUGCUGCCACUUCAAAAUAUAUUGACAUGUUGAUAAGGUGUUUUGGUAAGGUCACUUCUUGAAUUGCUGCUUCUCAGUCAGAACUCUUGUUCUGACAGCAGCUUAUUUGCGUAGUGCUCAGUCAUCCAAGUAAGUCAAUGUUAUGCAGCUGAAAGUCAUUCUGAUAUAAAAUGCUGUAUGAUUCUGUUUUUCACACUGGGAUCUCCCUCAGUACCACACUGUCAAUUCCGCACUGUGCCAUUUCCCUACAAGUUUUACUGGUCCUGUAAUUUACAAAUGAACAGUAUCUGUACUUUGAUUUUUCUGUAUUUUUCCUUUGUAUUACUUGUUAACCAUGAGAAUAUGACUGAUUACACUGAAUAAAUUACUCUGAGUAAAUGGUGAAAGAAGAAAAAAGGGCGAGGUUUUUCCUCUGAAAGGGUGCAGUCCUACAUCACAUGCUCCAGUUAUAUUUUAGAGGGGUAAAAUUUGCAUUCUGAAAGAAAAAUAGUGCUUGCAUGUUUGCAUUUAUCACAUACCUUUAUCUAAAAUAUGAAAAGAGGUCUUCAUAAAUGAAGAGUUGUUACUGACCAUGCAUAAGUGGCCAGUCGUUGAGUUUGAGUAUGGAAAUGUUACAGCUGAUACUUUCUUUUUAAUGAAUGAGAUCAGUGAUCUUUUUGAACUUUGAACUUCAAAACAAAAGCUUUAAAUCCUUUAUCUCCAUUACUCAUGAUUUUUGGUCAUUUUAAGUAUGUGCUAUGUAAAAUAAUUUGUUGGUUAUAGACCCACUUACAGGAAAGAAGGAACAACCUUGCAGCUCAGGGGUAUUUUAAAACCUGUAUGUUUGAGUGUGUGGCUCAUAUUACUUCAAGUUUUGUUUUUAUUUUGUAUGGAAUGAUCAGGAAAUUUCUCUUAUAGUAUCUUUCAAAAAAGCUGCAACUAAGUUAUUUAAAAUAAUUCAUGCAUUAAUAUUUCUUAUUAAAAUAGUUGGUGCAACUGUUACUGCUAACUAAUCCAGGCACUUGGAAGGCAAUUACACUGAGCUUUGACAACACUGCCAACCCACUGCACAGCGCCUUAUGCCAAAACCUAUUGUUGUUUUAUUGACCACGUUCACCAUUACAUAUGCAUAUGAAAAAACAGAGGCAUUUUCAUUGGGAUUAGCCUAAUAGCAUUAAGAGAUUAUUUUUUAAAUUUCCUUGGAAGGAAAUUCACUUAAAUGAGAUUACUUAUUACUUGACUGGUUUCCUAUCGUGCUGCUACGUUUAGGUGAGUGGAGUCCAUUAGAGUAUAAAGUUUUUUUUUAAACUGAUUUUAUACAUUAAUGAUUUCAAAUAAAAGAGAAGUACUAUAUUUGUGCAUAGCUUCUUUUGAGAAAGUUAAGUCGAUGUUCUGGUUAGGAGAGAUAACACUUCUUGUCCCUCUUGGUGGCCCCCCUAGUGUCACCAUUAGUUGCUAAUUACUUGCAAACAAAUAAACAAUUAACUCCUCGUGCCUCUUGGUGGGAGAGUUUUCAUUGACAUGCUAAAACUUUCUAAUAAAAGAUUUAAUUAAUGACGUUGCAAAUCCAACCCCCUUGUCAACAUAGCUAUAAGGAGGACUUGUGGAGAAAUGCAAGUACAGUGUAUGUGCUGUGCUGGCUGAAGGUGAAAUCAUGGCAAGUACAUCGCUGUGCGCAGCUAAUACAUCAGCAUCUCCGAAUCUUCGGAAAGUGUCUGGCUUUGUAGAGAAUAAAACCACACAGUGCUCUUUUUCCAUCGAAAGUAUUUUGGGAUUGGAGCAGAAGAAGGAUGGCAUUGCAGCUGGGAAACCUCACAGACCGUGGAUGGAUGCAUGCACCAACUUGGUUUUAGGUGAUGACAAUAAUCCCCAUCUACAAAUUCCUGUUGUUUCCUAUGAAAAUUCAUUGUUUCAUGCUAACAGUAAUCCAAUGCAAGAGGAAAAAGUUUUGAAAUGUGAAAAAUAUUUUUCAGUCACUGAAAGGUUGUCUUUCAAACGAGAAUUGAGCUGGUACAGGGGUAGAAGACCAAGAACUGCUUUCACUAGAAACCAGAUUGAAGUCUUGGAAAAUGUUUUUAAAAUGAACUCCUACCCUGGCAUUGAUAUUAGAGAAGAAUUAGCUCGCAAGUUAGAUUUAGAUGAAGACAGGAUCCAGAUCUGGUUCCAGAACCGUCGUGCAAAACUGAAGAGAUCACACCGAGAAUCACAGUUUCUAAUGGUGAAAAAUAAUUUCACCUCCAGCCUGCUUGAGUAGGAAGAAGGAUGGUUUGCCUUUAUAUUACUACAACAGGGCUUGAAGAAUUACUGGCGUUGUCAUAAUUUGUAUUAAACAAUGACUAUAUAUUAAUUAUAUGACUUUAUCCUUAGAUUUGGAAGACUAUAAUGACUUUCACUCAAAUAAACUGUAAAUACAUGAAGUAUUAUAAACUAAUUUUUGUGGAGAAAGUGAACUUUUCCUAUAUAUUUUAAUAAAUAUUUUCAGAAAAGUUUAGAUAUGUUUUUGCCGUUAAAAAAUAAACCAUAAAUUCUGGGUUGCAUCAGAUUUUCAGCUAGCAUGAAUUACUUCAGGCUUAACUGAAGGCAACUAAGCUUCCUACUUCUAAAGUCUAAAAUUCUUAAUAUGCAAAAUAGUUUUUGAUACAUGAAGCAGGUUAGCUAUUUAAAUUCCAAUGAACAAUUUCUAAGGAGAGUACGACCUCAUUUUCUAAAACCUUGCUCUCCAUGAAAAUAGAUGGACUAGUAUUAAACUGGUUUCAGUUUGAACAAUUGUUCGAUUGUAAUCUUUUAAAAAUAUUCUAAUUCAUUUCUUUUUAAAAUAUUAUUUGUCUAUUUAAUGCUUCAAUUCAGAUGUCUCCUUUCUUCUCGGUGUGAAUGUUCCAGAUAUAGCAGUUGCUGUCAUUAUCUUGUAAUGUCAGAAAACAGUAUUUCAUGGGAUCAAAUCGGUUGGGAUCAGACCAGAUCUUGGCCACUAAUUUUAGGGUGUUUAACACUUUUAUCGAACACUACAUGAAAGUUAAUUAUCCUCAUGUUUGAUAUUCAGACUGAAGUUGAUAUGUGUAACAACAGCUUUAAACAAAAAUCACCAACUUUUCAUGGCCAUAAUGUAGGAAAACAGUGUAAGUAUGGCUUUAUGCUGUUGCUUGAAGUGCUAGCGUCCUUCAGAGUUCAGCCCAUGUAACUGAAUAGAGGCAGAUUCUACAUGGGUCCGGCUGAAUAUACAAAAAUUAACUUCAUGUUAGGUUGAAGGUAAGUGGAAGCACUGAUUUCAACUAAAUUUCAGUCUUCAGCAACUAGUACAUUUUUUAAAACUGAGGCAUAAGGCUAUGUUAACUGAGUUUUGCUACAUGGCUGACAUGAGUAAUAAGUUCUAUUAUGAAGAAAACUGUAUUUGCAGUAGUCAAAGAAUUGAACUGGAUUAUUUCAUCUGGUGCGAAGAAAAUUGUUUUAAUAUGCAAGAUCAGAAAGCAAAAAAGAUUGGGGCAAAACUCCAAAAACUUAUAAAUCUUAAACUAACUGUUCCUUCUUGAAGGAAUGCCUAGCUACUGAGCAGUUAUGUAUUCUGGUGUUGGUUUCCAGAUUUCUUGAGGAAACGGUUGCUUUGGAUGAAGUACUUUGAUAUUCACCACUGGAGGGAAGAACUUAAGCCCAAGUCUUCAGGCUCUGUCACCAGGCUGAUGGGGUCUCUGGCACUUGGUUUCUGUUAGAAUCACAAGGACGUGAAGGACAGAAUGUCAUUGUCAACAUAGCUUAAAUGUGAAUAGCAAAAAAAAAAAAAGCAGUAUAAAUCCUCCUAUUGUUGUAGUUUUCCAAAUGCAGUUAGGUUGGUGUUAAAACUUUUUAAGACCUAUCUAAACUGCUUCCAGACCAUUCUUGAUCCCUAUGCUCCUUCCUAGCAUAGAAAUCUGUUUUACUUUUCAGUUUGAGUAAGGGAUGAUUUAAUGUGGUUUGAAUGUUUGCAAGGUAUUCCAAAGCGCAGUUAGUUUAUGGUUUUACCAGAUAUAUCCUACCUGUUACAUCACUUAAACAAAAACAAAAAACAACUCUAUGGGCUUAUUGCCUUCAUUUUUAUAGGAGCCCUAAAACCUCAAAUUGCUUGGAUUUUUUUUUUAUUUUUGCUUCUCAAAAGCCUAAUUUAGUGUGGAAAUAACAAACUUUUACCCAGUAUUGAAAUGUUAAUUAUUCGUGCUUUGAAUUUAGGGAGUAACACUAGCAUUUAAUAUUAUUAACUGAACUUGUGUUUCUCUUAAGCAUUUUUUUGAUAGAGCAUCUUAAAUGGCACCAAAUCUAUAAGAAAUAAUUUUAGAGAAAUAAGAAGUUCGAUUCAAAUACAGACCUGAUCUCAGGCAAAGGCAGUAUUGGGAAUGCAGGAGUUCUAUUUUGGUUUUCUUUUCACCUCAAGACAUACGGUACCUGUAGCUUAACUUUAGUGCAAGUAAUUUGAAACUAUUGUUUACCUUACUGCUGGAAACAAGGUUUCCAGCAGCAGCAGAUUAGUCUAAUCUGUACAGACUGAUGCCUAAGAACCUUACUCUAUUAUCUGGCAAAUGCCUAAAUGCACCUAAUGUCUGUUAUAAUGGAACUUGUCUCAAGUGACGGAAGUCUGACAAAGCAAUUUAGGAGGGUUGGAAUAAUAGCAGCACCAGCUCUGGUAUCCAGCUCUCAAUUAGCAAAUGUUACUGGAGGGAUGGCUUGUGUUAGGUACCGAGAGUUCUGUGUAGUGUUGUGAGGAGCAGAAGUUGGGUAAUGCGAUUGCAUUAUUUCUUUAAUCUUGGCUUAGAUUGUUCUUCCCGAGAAGUUAAAGGAGAACCUUUAAGCAGUUUGGCUCUAAAUUGUGGCAAAGACUUUCUUGAAUAUGAUCUUGAUUUUCUUUCCUAUCUUAAAAAAUUAUUCUGUACUUCAUAGUACUCGCUAAGGUUGUAGUUCCUGACAAUAUACAGCUUUCUGGGUGACCUCAGUAAUACCUGUAGCACUGCUAGCUGUCUGAGCACAGGUGGUCCCAGUAAGAACAGUGGGUGAGACUGUCA